UUUCAGAUUCACCUCCCAAAAUUAUGGAAUCUGAAGGCUCAGAAAAAUCUAGUCCUUCUGCACCAAUAAGUUUUGAUAUUGAGUUUGAUGAUUCUGAGUUUCAAGCAGAUCUACCUCAAGUUGAAAAUCCAACAUUAGAAAGCAUAUUAAAUGAGCAAGAAGAGGAUGAAUCGCUAUUAGAAGAAGAUGAUGUUUCUGUCCCCUCCUCUGUUCAGCUGUUUAAAGAUGCUGGGGAUACAUCUUCUUUAUCAAGUCAAGACAGUUUGUUAUCAGAUAGACCCAGAAAACGGGAUAAGUUGAGAAAGAGUAUACAUUAUAAGAUCCAUGGUUCUGUACUGAAGCCCAGUAAACUGAAGAGUAUUUCAGCUCAACUGUUAUCGGCAGCUGAUAGAGUAGAUGCUGGUAUGCCAACAGCCAUUGUUGUAUCCUCACUAAUUGCCAUAGGAACAUCACAUGGUUUAGUAUUGGUUUUUGACCCCAAACAAGUAUUGAAGUGGUGUCUAGGUAGUACAGCUGUGGGAACUCAGUAUGGGUCUGUGUCAGCUCUCGGUUUUAACAAAGAUUGUACCAGGCUUUUGUGUGGGUUUGCAAAAGGGCAGAUUACAAUGUGGGAUCUGACUACCGGCAAGUUGUUAAGAACAAUAGCAGACGCUCAUCCUCCUGGAACUGCAGUACUUCAUAUAAAGUUUACAGAUAGUUUAGUGAUAGCUGCGUGUAGUGACAGUGGUGGAUCAGUGUUUGAACUGGAAUUUAAACGUCUUAUUGGUGUCAGAACAUGUGAAUCUAAGUGUCUAUUUUCUGGAAGUCGGGGUGAAGUCUGUGUUAUAGAACCACUUCAUAUGAAUGUUACAAUUAAAGAUCAUCCUAUGCAAGAUGUACAGUUGGUGGCCAUGGCUUCUUUAUCCAAGAUCCUGUUGGUGAUUAUUCGUCCUCAGCUGAAGGUCAUCUUCACUCACUCAUUAAAGGGCAGUCCCGGAACAUUACCAUUACUAGCCUGGCAGUUUGUUGUGAUCCAGGUAUCGGAGAAAGAUCGAGUCAUUGAUCCAGUCUUGGCUUUUGCAAGAGAAUCUACCAUAUACUUUUAUCAGGUGAUUUGUCAGAAUGCACAGGAAAUUAAGUGUACUGGUUUACAGAAAAUACAGCUACAGUAUAAUUUACUCAACAUAACUUGGAUGAAUCCAAGAACACUUGUUGCCAUGGAUACCAAAGAAAAAAUACAUGUUCUAGAUGUUAGAUCAGAAGAGGAGUUAGAGGUGAUUGAUGUAUCAGAAGUUAUGUUGGUUUACAACACGAGUCAUUUCAAAUCUUUAGCCACUGGUGGCAAUGUCAGUCAAGCCUUGGCCUUUGCUGGAGAGAAGGCUUGUUACCAGACCAUUGUCAGCCAUAAUGGGCAAUUGUUCAUACUGGGAACUAAAACAGUUCAUCUAUAUACACUGAGGUCAUGGAGAGAGAGAAUAGAUGUGCUAGCUAAACAGAAUAAAUACCAAGAUGCUCUAGCAUUGGCUCUGUCAUUCUAUGAGGGCAAUGCUAAAGCAGUUGUUGGACUGACUGGUUCAUCUGCUAAAAGGAAACAGAUUGUGGCUGAUCUGAUGUUGGACAUGUUGUUUGACUAUGUUGACCUUUCUAUGACAACUUUAUGUCCAGAGAAAGGCAAGAUGGAAGAAUUGGAGGAGUAUUAUAUGACAAUAGUACCAGUUUGUGUAGACCAUUGCCUGUAUCUAAACAGAACUGAUAUUCUGUUUGGGAGAAUCUAUGAAAGAUUUAGUGAAGAUAUGAUUGCUAUGGGAACGUUCUUAGAAUGUCUGGAGCCAUAUAUCCUGGGAGACAAGCUCAUGUCCAUUCCUCCAUCUGUUAUGAAGGAUUUUGUAGACCAUUAUCAGAGCCGUGAAAUGUUAGAGAGUGUAGAGGCCUGUAUAGUUCAUCUAGAGGUCACUAGCUUAGAUAUUCAUCAGGUUGUAUCUUUAUGCUGGAGCCAUGGUCUAUAUGAUGCUAUAAUUUAUGUGUACAACCAAGGGAUGAGAGAUUUUACCACACCAUUGGAAGAAUUGCUUACUGUUCUGAGGUCUGCUGUUGAUACUGGGAAACAGCUCACAGAUAAUCAGAUAAGACUAGGAAAUAAACUUCUGGUGUAUAUAAGUUGUUGUUUAGCAGGAAGAGCCUACCCAUUAGGAGAUAUUCCCGAAGAUCAUGUAUCUGAUGUCAAAAACAAUAUGUUUCAUUGCAUAACAAGUUUACAUUCCAAGAAUCACACUUCAGAAGAACCCAUCUAUCCUCAUUUGAGAACAUUAUUACAGUUUGACACAAGAGAGUUUUUAAACGUGUUAGCUUUGGCUUUUGAAGAAGAGGAGUUCAACACAGAGGAAGGAAUAAAGAAAAGACAAAGAGUUGUAGAUAUAUUACUACAGGUGAUGGUAGAAAAUGUUGGUUUUACUCCUACCCAAGUUGGAAUUUUGUUCACCUUUCUUGCACGACAAAUGGCCAGACAUGAGAAUACCAUCCAAGUCAAGAAAGUAUUGUUUGAACAGGUGCUUGAGUUCCUUUCUAACCCAGAUGAUGAAUCUAGACAUGAAGAAAGACAGCAGGCCUUAAUGGAAUUAUUGAGAGCAGGUGGACUAAUCCAGAUAGAUGAAGAAAGACUAUUGUACCUUGUAGAAAAUGCUAAAUUCUACCGUGUAUGUGAAAUGUUAUAUGAGAAGAGAAGGCAAUAUGAUAAAAUUUUAUCCUGCUAUCUUAGAGAUUACGCUAGGAAGUACCAUGCUUUCAGUUAUAUAACCAGUAUAUUAAACAGUGACAGAUAUUCCUCCAUGGAAAAAGAGGCUCUUAAGGAGGAAGCUUUGAGAAAUCUACAGGAAUUGGUUUCCAUAGAUUGUAAACAAGCAGCUCAGAUGGUGAUUGGGUGUUUUGCCAGUAACCUUGGUGACAUCUGUAAACAGUUAGAGGACACACCUCAGAUAUUGUUUGAGUUUUUACAGGGUGUCAUGUCAUGCAAGGAUACAGGUAGUAGUGCUAUCCACCAAGAUCGUGGCAUCAACAUAGAACCACAGGUGUUUGAGUUGUACAUAGAUUUAAUGUGUCAGUUUAAACCCAAUGAAGUCCUCAACUACAUCAAGAUGAAUGAAGGUUACAGACUAGAACAAACAUUACAGAUAUGCAGAAAAUAUAAACUUUCUGAAGCCACUGCUUUUCUAUUGGAGAAAGCUGGGGACAUACAGGGAGCUUUUGGUAUUAUAUUACAGAAAUUACAGGCUAAGUUGAAAUUGUUUGUUGAAGUCAUGCAAGGUGGUAAUACGGAAAAAGAUGUAAAUGUUUUAUUCUUGGAGAUCCAUACUCUUGCUAUAGUCAUCAUACAACUUUGUCAGAGGAAUUCUGGGAAAAUGGAUGAAGCCAGCAGGGAGGCACUAUGGUUUCCACUGUUAGAGACAGUUAUGACCCCACAGAGAAAGUUAAAGGAUAUUGACAACAAAGAUGUACUAGAUGAUUUUAAUAAACUGACUCAUCACAUACUUAACAGCAUGAUGGGUUAUAUAGCCUUACCAGCUAUUCUGCAGAAAAUAAUGCAAGACCCAGCAUACAACACAGGGAAAUUUGGUGAAGUGAGAGAACUCAUAUUAGGCAUGUUGGAAACUUAUAACUAUGAACAGACUUUGAUGAAAACAUGUAAAAAUUUACUGAACCAUGACAUACAUGUCCAUUUGAAGAGUUUAACUAGUGCUGCGGUCAGAGGAUAUAUUCCAAGGGGAGAUAACUGUAAUCUGUGUAAUAAACUGUUUAUUAAUCAGAAUGAAACAGAUUCUGUAGUUGUGUUCAGAUGUGGCCACAGCUACCAUCUACCAUGUUUGAGAUCUGUAGGAUCAGUCCAUGUGAUGGAUGGGGAAGAAAUGUGGGCGUGUUACUUAUGCAGUCAUUCAAAAAGAGGGCGUAUCCAGAGUACGAGGUUCCAUAGGUCAUUAUCUAAUCCUAAUCAGGCAGCACUACAAACACCUAAAGAAAAAUCUAAAGAGAUGACACUUGAUUCACAACAUAUUCAAGCUAUUGAUGCUGUUAGGAAAGCCAUGAAAACACCAUCCAGAAUGGCCAUACUGACAGAACUAUCCAGAUCAGACACCCGUUCAGUAAGAGGCUCAUCAGGGAUAUUUCACCAAGAAAACUUUCAGCUCAGACUUGCACCUCCCAUUGCCCCUACCAACUCUUGAUCAAAUCUGUUUCAUAGUAAGAACAAUCGUGAUAUGCUAUAGCCACGUGACUGACUUAUUGUAACAAAUACAUGUUUUUGUUUUGUGAUCACUGCCUACAAAAUGUUGAAUUAAGACUGUGAUAAUUAUUUUAUUGUUGUGUGUCCAAGCCAAGUAGUAGUCAAUUUCUUGCAAUAGGUAAAUUUUUUUGAUAAUUAUAUCAAAACCUUUGUGAAAUAUUUUAGAUGUCAAAAAACAAAAUAACUUUGAAGGAUAUCUGAUAAGCAUAAAGAUACCUGAUAAUAGGGGUAGACAUGGCUCCCCCUUAAAUUGGGAAAAAAGUGUCUUUCCUCUUUUUUGUGGAGCCUGCAACAUUUAUGUCCCGAAAGCAAUUUCAUAAUGAUUCUAGAUUUCUUUGUCUGCAUCAUCAACAUUUAGUUUCAGCCUUAUUGAAUUUUAUGAAAUUUGGACAAAAGCUUUUUAAUGAUCGAAAGACAAUAUCCAAAGGGUAUCAUUUUUACGUUUUUCAGUAUUUUUAUGAUUAAAGGACUUAUUUUUUUUGCAUUUAACAUGUUAAUACAGUCUGGGUCUAAAGUUUGUUACACAUCAAUUACUUUGUCAAACUUAAAUACAAUUUUAUGUAAAUUUGGCAGUAGCUUGUUUAUGGUCUAAAUAUAAUGUCUGAAGCAAAUUUUGAAAAUAUAUUUGUUUUCAUUUUUCAGUAUUUUAAUGAUGGAUGGACUUAUUUUUUGGCAAUUAACAUUUAAGGAUAGUCUGUGAUUAAAUUUUUUUUACACGAUUAAUUUGUAACCCUUAAUGGAUUAUAAUGAAACUUGGACAGGAGCUUUUUUUCAAGAUCAUGAAGUAGCAUUUU